UCCACAAGAAAAGAACUGCAGAAAUGGAAGACAUGAUGAAAAGCAAACACCUUGUGAUAUUGGGGAUGAUUGGAGUUUUAGUGUUUUGGAGUGAUGUUGUUGUAGGGCAGUGCGCUGACAUGAAGGGCCUCAUAAAGCAAUGUGGCGUGUAUGUUGUGAAGUCUGGUCCACCGAUGAAUCCCUCGAGAAAGUGUUGUGAAGAGAUAAAGAAUGCAGAUGUUGAAUGUGUGUGUAAGAACUUAUCCAACCAAAUGCUGCACCUUAUUGAUAUGCAGAAGCUGCAUCAUGUCGCAGACUCAUGUGGAAGGCCAAUAACCAAGUGUGGAGAUGAAGAUGAAGUUGAAGUUGCAGAUGGACCUAAAACUGAUGAUAUAAACUGGCCUCCACAAUUUAUGGAAUCCGAAGAUCCACCUAAAACUGAUGAUAGAACACCUCCAGAAUUUAUGGAAUCCGAAGAUCCACCUAAAUCUGAUGAUAGAACACCUCCAGAAUUUAUGGAAUCCGAAGAUCCACCUAAAACUGAUGAUAGAACACCUCCAGAAUUUAUGGAAUCCGAAGUUCCACCUAAGAAGCAAUCAACUCGAAGGCUUUCACCCAUAGUUCCAGCUAAAUCGAAUUUGAAGUCAUCUCCUAAGUUCAUGGAAACUGCAGAUCCACCGUCUGAUACUGAUUAAUCUUCUUUCUUUUCUUUUGCAGCUCUGUUACCUUCCCAAUGGACCAACUUAUUAUGCCUCUAUCAUCUCUUUUGUAACCUCGUACGCUUUAAUUAUUAUUACUAUAGAAUAAGUCAAAUACACCAAUGUAAUCUUGUAUCACUUUCAUCUUAUAUAUCAACAAUCAUCAUAAUUAUCUAUAACACUAAUGUCAAUUUGGAUUC